AUUUCGAAAUAAUGGCGGGAGAUGAAGGACUCGUGUUUACAACUCUUCUUUUAAUCGUGGCUGUCUUUCUUCGCAAACGUUCACGAUUUCUUCGCAAUCUUCGAUUGUUAUCCUUAAGAGGGAGGCAAGGAGCAAAUCUGGCAUUUCUUUUGUCAAUACAACGACGAAAUCGCCCAAGAAGAAGGAAGUUAGCUUGGGUUUAUCCUAGGCCUCAGUUUUGGUUUGAAGAGCUUUUGAAUAACAGAAAUCUAGAUCAUUUGUGGCGUGAACAUUUUAGAGUUAACAGAAACACAUUUGAUUUUAUUUGUGGGAUUGUAGGUCCAUAUAUGAGCAAGCAGGAUACAAUCUUACGUCAAGCGAUACCAGUAGAGAAGCGAGUAGCUAUCGCUUUAUGGCGAUUAGCCACAGGGAACUCCUACAGAACUGUUGCGCUUAGUUUUGGAAUAGGACGAUGCACAGCAAUGAACAUUAAGGACGAGUUUUGUUCGGCUCUGAUGAGGCGUGUAAACGAAUUUAUCAAAUUCCCGAAGACAGAAGAUGAAACUAGACGUUGUAUACAGGGUUUCCAAAAUAUAAGCACAUUUCCUCAAGUUGUGGGUGCGCUAGAUGGAUCACAUAUUCCUAUAACAGCUCCAACAGAAAAUCCGAAUGAAUACCGCAACAGAAAGAAUUUUCACAGCAUAGUUUUACAAGGAGUUGCUGAUGCUAAUAUGAAAUUCAUCCAUAUAUGAACGAUGAUACCGAAAUUAAUCCAGUGCGCGAUGGAAACGUUGCUCCUCCUCUCCCCGG